GGCGAGCAAGAGCCGAGAGCGACUCGACAGGUGCCAACGAGACAGUACGAGUUACUCAACAAAGGUCUCUCUGCCCCCUCGCCCGUCCGUGCCGACUGCCGACUGCCGAGCCGUGUCUCUAUUCCACAUCGAUCGCGACGACCGGAGCCGGCGAGGGAGACCGCCGCCGCGGCGAGGAGCCCCAUGGGCGACGACAAGUCUCCGCUGAGCCUGAGCCCGAUGGGCGGCCGCGACCGGGAGCUCCUCAUCCCCGUCUCCGGCGGUGGCUCGGCCCCCGGCGACGGGGACGAGGACGGCGACAGGGCAGCCUCCUCCUCCGCCUCCGCCGCGCUGUCCUCUUCCGGCCGCGAGGCUUUCCAUAAGGUGGUCCGCAGUUGGGCUUCAAAGAAGUUCAUGACUGGAUGUGUAAUUCUCUUUCCCAUAGCAAUAACAUUCUACAUCACCUGGUGGUUCAUUCACUUUGUUGAUGGAUUCUUCUCUCCAAUCUAUGCACAACUGGGGAUCAACAUAUUUGGCCUUGGCUUCAUCACCUCUGUCACUUUCAUAUUUUUGAUUGGCGUCUUCAUGUCAUCCUGGGUUGGAGCAUCUGUCCUUAGCCUUGGCGAGUGGAUUAUUAAGCGCAUGCCACUUGUUCGUCAUAUCUACAAUGCAUCCAAGCAAAUAAGUGCUGCAAUAUCGCCAGAUCAGAACAAACAGGCAUUCAAGGAAGUGGUCAUCAUAAGGCAUCCUCGUGUUGGAGAAUAUGCAUUUGGUUUCAUUACAUCAUCAGUGUCUCUUCAGAGUUAUUCUGGUCAAGAAGAUCUAUACUGCGUCUAUGUCCCAACCAACCAUCUUUACAUUGGUGAUAUCUUCAUGGUGAACUCAAAGGAUGUCAUAAGGCCAAAUCUGUCUGUGCGGGAAGGCAUUGAGAUUGUUGUAUCUGGUGGUAUGUCAAUGCCCCAAAUUCUGUCAACUCUCGACCCGCAGACGAUCCUUGGGGACUGAACUGGACCAAGCAGAAGCUGAAGCUGAUAUGAGCCCUUUGUGCACCUUUUUCUAUUGGCAACUAGCAACAUUUUCUUACAAGCUACCACGAGUACAGCAAACUAGAUUUCCGAGCACAAGUAUCUGUAAAUUAAGUAGAAGUAGGUGACUCACAUGAUUUCUUUGUCCUUUGGAGUUUGUACUGCACUUCUAUGCAAGAAAGACGCAUCCCAGCUGUGAUAUGAACUGUUGUAACAUUGCCAUCA